AUGAACGAAACCUCGCAAGGAGCCCGCUCACCACUUACAUCUUUGGUAGCCUGGUGCAUAGUUUUUGGCUUGAUAGCAUUAGCAAUAAUUAUCGGCAACGCUGUGGCCAUUGCGGUACUUACAAGAAAGAAACUACUGCGCAAACGUACCAGCUAUUUCCUCAUCUCUUUGGCUGUUGCUGAUAUGACAGUUGGAAUUUUUUCCGUUCCAAGUUUUAUUUACCAAUUGGUUCGUUUUUGGCAGGAGCGCCUUUUCGCCCCAUCGAUAAUUUUAAAUAUAGUAAAAACCGUGGAUGUAUUAUGCGGCUUGGCCUCUACUUUUACUCUUACAAUAAUUGCCCUGGAGAGAGUUUACGCCAUUUGUCUACCUCUUCGUCAUCGAACUUCGACUCGAAGACUUUACGAUCUAUCUAUUUCUACAGUGUGGAUCCUCGCUGGUUUACUAUCAAGCUUGUACUUUUUCCAUGUAUACCGUUUGAUUCAACAUAAAAUCUUCUUUUGGUUUUUGAUCCUAACCUUUUUCUCAUCUAUGCUGGUAAUGCUUUUAGCUUACUUAGCUAUCUGGAUAAAGGCAAGCGGACCUAUCGUUUCUGCUAGAGAAGCAAGCUUAGAAUAUUCAGACUCCAGCUCGGACAAACAGCGAACUUCUUUUACAAGCCAGUAUGGCAAGGAACGAAGCAGACGAGCUGCGGAAAAUGACAGAAAACUCGCCGUGACAGUAUUUAUAGUGACAACUGUUUUUAUUUUAACUUGGCUCCCCUUUCACAUCAUUAACUUGAUUGUGUUUUUAGAAUGCAAGGCUUUCCCUUGCUCAGCUCAACCUUCAACCAACGUUAUUUACUUCUGCAAACUUUUGCAUUACUCAAACUCUCUUCUUAACCCUGUUAUUUACUCAUUGAGAUUGAAAGAUUUCAGGUCGACACUUAAGGUCAUUAUUUCUAGCAAAAUAUAG